AAGUAUAGAAUUUGCUCUUACCAUAAUAUUUAUAAACAAACAUCCUACUACUACACUAAGAUACUAUGUAAUUGUUAUAUUACAGAACUUAUCGAACACAAAGUUACUUUGUUUUAUUAUAUUUAUUACUUUCUGAUAGUGAAAAAAGAAUUAUAAUAAUACUGUAAGAAAAUGCAGAAAAUAAAAGUUUUGAGAAAAAAAUAAGAAAUAAUUUUUAAUAUUAUAGCAAGAUGUAUGAAAUCAUAAAUAUAUGGACUGUGCAUCAAUAAACAGUGCAGUAAAUUGGAAAGAAUACAAAAUAUUUGCGUAUUGUUUACAAUAACAAAACGUCUUCAAUAAUAAAUAAUACGGAAUUUGUAAAAAUUAUAAUAUACAAGUGUAUCUUUAGUUUAAUAUAAUAUUUUAACUUAACAUUUUUAAGCAAUAAUUCCAAAGAAAUUUUCUGGGCAAAAUGAAGGAAAUGGUGAAAAAAAUGUUAUCAUUAAAGGUGUCCAACACUAGCAAUGUGGAAACUUCAGACAAAGAGAAACAAAUAAGCAAUGGAAUAUUAACUACAGGCAACACCUCAACAGCAACAAAGGGUCAACUGGUGCCAGAUAUGAACGCCAUUCAGGACACAUUACUCGAACUUUCUACAUCGGCCGUUAAGAGCAAUAUAACCAUAACAGAUUCAUCAAAUGUUCAUUUAGGCGAUAAAAUUAAUUAUGAUGGCAAUCUGUAUUUGAAUCUUGUCAAGCAAAAUGAUGAAACCGGAAUAUCUUUAAUUCAACAUGACAAUAAUAAUGGGGUACUAAUUAAAACAACAUCGAAUGUACACAUAUCAGAUUUUCCUAUAAUUCCGCGUAGUUUUUGGUCAAUUAGAAAGCCCAGAGAAGAAUAUGAUAAAAUUAAAGAACCUGUUGGAUUGGUCGUAAUUUCUCACACAGCCACUACCAGCUCAACUAAUCAAUCGAAAAAUAUUCAAUUAAUAAGAGAUAUACAGGCCUUUCAUGUUGACACCCACAAUUGGAAUGACAUAGGCUAUAAUUUCCUAAUUGGCUGUGAUGGUACAGUUUACGAAGGUCGUGGAUGGGGCAUUGAAGGUGCCCAUACAUUUGGCUACAAUAACCGAUCAGUGGGAAUUACAUUUAUAGGUUGUUUUAUUAAUAAAAAGCCCACAGAGGAAGCAUUAAAUGCAUGUAAAAAUUUACUGGAAAGAGGAAUUAAUGAAGGUCAUUUAGCCAAAAAUUAUAAAUUAUUGGGUCAUCGUCAGUGUUCCGAAACUGAAAGUCCCGGUACAAAAUUGUUUGAAGAAAUUACAAAAUGGGAUCAUUUUUAUAAUAAAACUAUUGAUGAGGACAUAUGAGAAGAAUUGCAAUAUAUAAAGUAUACAUACAUAAUUAUAUUUUUACGAAUAAUUAUGAAUGAUUAAUACUAAUGAAGAAUUUAUUUACCUAAUCAAAUUUAAAAUAUUUGUUACACUUUUUUAGCAUUUAAAAUAUUUGUAAUAAGUUUUUAAAAACAGUAGAAUGUUACUUUGCUCUCUAUGUUAUGUUUAAAAAGUAAAAGAGAUUUUUUUUGUUUUAUUUUUUGUUUUAAAUUUUUUCUUGCUAUGAAUUUUUUCUUUACAUUAUUGUGAAAAGAUAUUUUGUAAAAAAAAUUUAAUUGCUUAAAUAAAAUUUAUAU